CGGAAGAGAUUCCCCGAACGGCACCGGAAGUGGAACCUCGCCGCCCGGCUGCUCCUUUCCUCCUCCUGGAAGCGGGAUGGUGUUCUUAAGCGCCUCUCUCUGGCUGCGUUCCCGGCUGAAGGACCGCUUUUGGCGGAAGCAGGAGCUGCUCCGUCACGCGCGGCAUUUCCGCGGACGGAAAAACCGUUGCUACAGCUUGGCGGUUCGUGCCGUCCGGAGGGCAUUCGUGUUUGCAACCAAUGCGAGAAGUCAAAAAAAGAGAGACAUGCGAACGCUCUGGCAGACCAGGAUUGAAGCUGCAUCACUUGAACAUGAUGUGAAGUACCAUGUUUUCAUGAGUGGCCUUUACAAGUGUCAGGUGGAACUGAACAGGAAAGUACUGGCCGACCUGGCAAUCUACGAGCCAAAGACUUUCAAGUCCUUAGCCGCGUUGGCCAAAAGGAGAGGAGAAGAAGGCCUUCUUGCUGCCCAAGGAGAUGGAAAGGAACCUAAUGGGAUAUUUUCACGCCUCUUGAAAUGCGCUUGAAGAUGCUGCAUGCUCUCUGAGCUAUGCUGUAAUAAAAAAGGACAGUUUUUAAAA